CAUGGCCAACCGUUGCAACUUGACAGCUGAACAACAAAUGCUCCUAAAAUGAGCUCAAUAGCAACAUAGCGAACAUUUCAUACAGGUCAAGACUGAUAGUUUCUGUCAUAUCAACAUGAAUUAAAGCAGUCCUCGGCCCUGCUACACCUUUACGGUCAGUUUCUGUCGCGGAGUAAAGGCUGAUUUACAAACAUCAUCAUGUCGUUUCUGGUGGACUCAGUCAUCAUGUUCACCUCACAGGUGCUGUUCUUUGGAUUUGGCUGGUUAUUCUUCAUGCGGCAGCUGUUUAAAGAUUAUGAGGUGCGACAGUACGUUGUCCAGGUGGUUUUCUCUGUCACUUUUGCUUUUUCAUGUACCAUGUUCGAGCUCAUCAUCUUUGAGAUUCUGGGUGCCUUAAGUAGCAGCUCCAGGUAUUUUCACUGGAAGCUGAAUCUCUAUGUGAUACUGCUGGUCCUAAUCUUUGUGGUGCCUUUCUACAUCGGUUAUUUCGUUGUCAGCAACAUACGCCUGUUGCAGAGACAGAAGCUUCUGUUCGCUUGCAUGGUGUGGUUUACCUUCAUGUAUUUCUUCUGGAAGUUGGGAGACCCAUUCCCCAUCCUGAGUCCAAAACAUGGGAUCCUGUCCAUUGAGCAGCUAAUCAGUCGAGUUGGUGUGAUCGGAGUCACCCUCAUGGCUCUGUUGUCAGGGUUUGGUGCGGUUAACUGUCCCUACACAUACAUGUCCUAUUUCCUCAGAAAUGUAACAGACAGUGACAUCCUUGCUCUGGAGAGGCGGCUGCUCCAGACGAUGGACAUGAUUGUCAGCAAAAAGAAACGGAUUGCCAUGACGAGGAGGCAGAUGUACCAGCGAGGGGAAGACCAGAACAAGCAGACAGGAUUCUGGGGCAUGAUCAAGAGUGUUACCGCCACACAAACAGGCAGCGAAAACCUGUCUUUGAUCCAGCAAGAGGUUGACGCUCUAGAGGAGCUGAGUCGGCAGCUUUUUCUUGAGACUGUGGACCUGCAAGCCACCAAGGAGCGAAUUGAGUACUCAAAGACAUUCCAGGGGAAAUAUUUCAACUUCCUCGGCUACUUCUUUUCCAUCUACUGUGUUUGGAAAAUCUUCAUGGCUACAAUAAACAUUGUGUUCGAUCGAGUUGGAAAGACGGAUCCAGUGACGAGGGGUAUUGAAAUCACAGUGAACUACUUGGGCAUCCAGUUUGAUGUGAAGUUUUGGUCCCAACACAUCUCUUUCAUCCUGGUGGGAAUAAUAAUCGUCACAUCUAUCCGUGGCUUACUCAUCACCCUCACCAAGUUCUUUUAUGCGAUAUCAAGCAGCAAGUCCUCCAAUGUCAUUGUGCUCGUCCUUGCUCAGAUCAUGGGGAUGUAUUUUGUGUCGUCUGUACUGCUAAUGCGUAUGAGCAUGCCACUGGAGUAUCGCUCCAUCGUGACAGAGGUUCUGGGAGAGCUGCAGUUCAACUUCUACCACCGCUGGUUUGAUGUCAUCUUCCUGGUCAGCGCCUUGUCCAGCAUCCUCUUCCUUUACCUCGCCCACAAGCAGGCACCAGAGAAACACAUGACCCUCUGAUCUCCUGCAUCUGUUCUCACUUGGAGGGCUUUGAAUCUGGGAUUUAGGGAUGUCCAGAAAUCAGGGUAUUUUUUAUAUGGGACAUAAUUAUCUGGACUGUCUGUUCCUGAAUCAGGAAUGGCUGUUGGACUCAAGUGAUGGGGGCAUUGGAGCACAUUAGGAAACAACUUUGAAGGUGGACUUUGUUGAAGUAUGCACAGAAAAAACUUUACUAUUGGGAAUUUAAUUUCACCUGCAAAUGCAGACACUUGGUUUUUCUCUUAAAUUCUUUUUAUUCUGGCCAAAAUGAUCUUUUUCUUUUUGUCUGAAGACACUGGAGCUGUACUGGUCAUGGCACAUCCCUGCUUUACUCUUACACCUGUCAAUCAUGUACAUCCUGAAGCAAAAUAUAUCAUUUAACUGGGAACAAAAACAAAUACCCAUAAAGGAAACUUAGUUCAGA